UUCUCCUCGACAUCUUGUAGCACCUCUAAUUACACUCUCCAACCUGUUUGUUUGUUUCCAUACAGAAUACACAGCCACUGUGUUUCAUCCUGUUCUCCUUCAUUUGACCAGUAUCUUAACAGACAGCAUGGCACAAAAGACAAAGCCAAGAGUUAAGAAAAGUAUAGUCAAGGAGCAAAGCACAUCUGGGCAAUUUAUCAGUGAGAGAGAGCAGUACCUGCAGAAGGAAUAUGCCAUCCUGACAGAGCAUAUCAAGACAUGUUCAGAUCGAGUGGAUCACUUUCAGGAUGAAAAUGAAUUCCUAGACAAGGAAGCCCAGGAGAUCCGAGAAAACAACAAAGCUUACCUUGCCUACUUAACCAAACACACUAUCUGGUGCCAGAAUGCCAUAAUUACCUUAAAUGACAAGAACUGUUCAGAUCUAGCAUAUGUCCUAAAGCAGAAGGAUGAGCUAACUUCUCAAUAUACAGACAAAGAGAAAGAAGUAAGGAGCCAGUUGAUUGAGAUGGAGACCAAGUAUUCCCUCAUGAACAAGGAGGUUGAUGAGCUGAGGCCCUUCAAAGAGCUGCAGUCAGAGCAGCUAGCCCAUAUCUGGGAGCUGGAGAAAGACCUGCUGGCCAUGAAAAUCCACCAUUCAGAACAAAUGCACAUGGUGAAAAGCCAAUUUCUGCAACAGAAGGCAGAAUAUGAAAUGGAAUCCCACCAGAGAGUCCAAGCUUUGGCCAAAAAGGCUGAGAAAGAGGCCGUGCGCAGUCUGAUCCAACAUACCAAGCAGAUAAAAGCUGAAAAUUGGAGACUGCGCAAUGAACUGCUGAACCUCAUUAAGAGAGCCCAGGGCCUAAAAGCCAUUGUACAUCAGCUCCAGAAGCAGAAACAACAGCUUCUUUGGGAGCUCCAGCAUGGUAAAGGUCUGGCCCAUAUGAAUCGCUGGCUCACUCAACAAAGGGGACCAAGGGGCAAGACCAACCUAUCCACCAGGACUAAGCUAGGCUUUCCUCUCCAACCACCCAUGAACAAAAGCCCAGAAUCUCCUACAAGUAUCCAAGUGGCAGCAAAAAAACAGUCAACAACUCAGACUCAGAAGACCAGUGUGGGAGAAACCAUUAUGCCUCUGGCACAAAGUUCCCAUAACUUGAACAGCUUGCACGAAAGGCUUUAAUGGAAGCAGCAUGAAGGCUGGUUUAGCCCUGUCAUGGCAUUCAGAAACAGUCUUAGCACCAUCUCCCUAAUUAAGAAGAUGAUGAGGUAGCAUCCCUUCUAGGAUUUUUCUGUCUUAGAAAACAGUAGU